AACACGAAAGUGACAGUCUUCUGAAAAACGCAUCUGAUCGUUUUAUAUUUUCGUCUUUCGUGAAUUUGUACGUUAUCUAUCCAAAGUUUCGAAAAUGGUGUAGAUUUUUGUUGAUAAAACGGACUGCAUCUUCAGCAGCAGCGAUGGAAUGAUAACGGGAGUGUUUGUAACUCGUAGAAUAGCAGGAAUAAGUUUUCCAUUUUCCGACCGUCAACAGAUUGAAAGUGCAGUGCCAUCAGUGCUCGCGCAGCAGUAUGAAACGUAGUGUAGUGUGUAGCCAGGGGAAAACUUCGAGGCAAGAAUGGACAUUAUUUUCUCGUGACUAAUCCGAAGUGGACAAAGGUCACGCAUUUCUUAAAGUGAUGCUUGUUGAGGAAAUGCGUUCUAUAUCUAAUAUAUAGGUGAGAGAAUGGACUGUUGAUUGAUUGUAGCAGCAGCAGCAGUCGCCUCUAGAUGUGGCCACCUGAUACAAAAGAAGGAUGUUAAGCGUCCAGAUCACGUAGCAAUCAGUAGAAGAAGCAAACCAAGACGGCCAAAAGAAAAACAAGAAAGAAUACUACUAAUACUUCAAAUAAGUUUCUGCAUCGCCCGCAACCUGUAGACGGUAUACUAGGGUGGUUGGUUCGGGAGGAAAAAAAACGCAAUUAUUAUUUUCUUUAACUACUUACGAGCAGUAAGUAGUAGGGCCGAAAUUAGGAUAGUGCAGCCAUGAACGGAUUAAGCUUCGGUGAACUAUGCUGUUUGUUCUGCUGUCCUCCGUUUCCCGGCAGGAUUGCAGCAAAACUAGCAUUUCUGCCGCCCGAUCCUACGUACAAUCUGACUCCGAUUGACGAGAGCAAGGCCAAGUACUUACUCAGUUUUAACGAUCGUGCCGAAUGGCCCUACUCGGAGCGGGAGAAAGAAAACGUCGAGGGAUUUUUCACGCGGACUUCCCGCGGAAAUAAACUCUCCUGCAUCUACGUGCGCUGUUCGCCGAACGCCAAAUACACCGUACUGUUUUCGCAUGGAAAUGCCGUCGAUCUCGGUCAGAUGAGCAGUUUCUACCUGGGGCUGGGAUUGAGAAUCAACUGUAAUAUAUUUAGCUAUGAUUACUCCGGAUACGGUAUGAGUACCGGUAAGCCAUCCGAGAAGAACCUUUACGCCGAUAUCGAUGCUGCGUGGCAUUCGUUGCGAACCCGAUUUGGGGUGAGUCCGGAGAAUAUCAUUCUGUACGGACAGAGCAUUGGCACUGUGCCCACGGUGGAUCUGGCGGCACGGUAUGAAGUGGGGGCGGUCAUUCUUCACUCUCCGCUGAUGUCUGGCAUGAGAGUGGCAUUCCCCAAUACGAAGCGGACGUGGUUCUUCGAUGUGUUUCCAAGCAUCGAUAAGGUAUCGAAAAUUGGUUCACCAGUGCUGGUUAUUCAUGGCACCGAGGACGAGGUGAUAGACUUUUCCCAUGGAUUGAGUAUCUACGAGAAGUGUCCCAAGGCUGUUGAACCACUGUGGGUUGAGGGAGCUGGUCAUAAUGACGUCGAGUUGUACAAUCAAUAUCUGGACCGUUUGAAAAAGUUUAUAUCGAUUGAGCUAAAUAACUGACAAUUAAAGAACGCCCCUGGCCAACCACCACCGCAGCCUACAGUAGCAGGGGCAGCAUCGACAUCAUCAUUAUCAAACACUGCUACUAAAAGCCCGAAACGAUCAUCUGGAACCAAGGGGAGUACUAACGAAUCGAGUAGUUCGGUGGAAAAAGCGCU